CAUCCCUGGGGGGCGGGGCCGCCGACUGGAGAAAGUGCGCGAAGGGGACGCGCAGCAAACGCACACGUGACGGCGCCGCGCCGCGCCGAGCCGAGCGGGACCCGGCGCCGGCGGCGGCAGCAGCAGCGGCAGCGGCAGCCGGGCGACCCGAGCGGCGCGGGCGGCCUGGAGCCCCGCGAGCGGUGCGCGCGCGCGGCCCCGGCCCAGCGCUCUCCCUCGCGCUGCACAUUCUCUCCUGGCGGCGGCGCCACCUGCGGUAGCGUUCUCCCGAACAUGGCGACACCGAGCAGCAGGAGGGAGUCGCGACUCCCUUUCCUAUUCACCCUGGUCGCAUUGCUCCCGCCCGGGGCUCUCUGCGAGGUCUGGACACAGACACUGCACGGCGGCCGUGCGCCUUUGCCCCAGGAUCGGGGCUUCCUCGUGGUGCGGGGCGACCCGCGCGAGCUGUGGCUGUGGGCGCGCGGGGAUGCCAGGGGGACGAGCCCCGCCGAUCACAAGCCGCUCCGGACGCGGCGGAGCGCUGCCCUGCAGCCCGAGCCCAUCAAGGUGUACGGACAGGUCAGCCUGAAUGAUUCCCACAAUCAAAUGGUAGUGCACUGGGCCGGAGAGAAAAGCAACGUGAUCGUCGCCUUGGCCAGGGACAGCCUGGCUUUAGCGAGGCCCAAGAGCAGUGAUGUGUAUGUGUCUUACGACUAUGGAAAAUCAUUCGAUAAGAUUUCAAAGAAGCUAAACUUUGGUGUGGGAAAUAGCAGUGAAGCUGUGAUCGCCCAGUUCUACCACAGUCCUGCGGACAACAAGCGGUACAUCUUUGCAGAUGCUUAUGCCCAGUACCUCUGGAUCACAUUUGACUUCUGCAGUACCAUCCAUGGCUUUUCCAUCCCAUUCCGGGCAGCUGAUCUCCUCCUCCAUAGCAAGGCCUCCAACCUCCUCUUGGGCUUUGACAGGUCUCACCCCAACAAGCAGCUCUGGAAGUCCGAUGAUUUUGGCCAGACCUGGAUCAUGAUUCAGGAACAUGUGAAGUCCUUCUCUUGGGGAAUUGAUCCCUAUGACAAGCCGAACACCAUCUACAUCGAACGUCACGAGCCCUCUGGAUACUCCACAGUGUUCCGGAGUACAGAUUUCUUCCAGUCCCGGGAAAACCAGGAAGUGAUCCUUGAGGAAGUGAGAGACUUUCAACUUCGGGACAAGUACAUGUUUGCUACAAAAGUGGUGCAUCUCCUGGGCAGUCAGCAGCCGUCUUCUGUCCAGCUGUGGGUCUCCUUUGGCCGGAAGCCCAUGCGAGCAGCUCAGUUUGUCACAAGGCAUCCUAUUAAUGAGUAUUACAUCGCAGAUGCCUCAGAGGACCAGGUGUUCGUGUGUGUCAGCCACAGUAACAACCGCACUAAUUUGUACAUCUCAGAGGCAGAGGGGCUGAAGUUCUCCCUGUCCUUGGAGAACGUGCUGUAUUACAGCCCAGGAGGGGCUGGCAGUGACACCUUGGUGAGGUAUUUUGCAAAUGAACCAUUUGCUGACUUUCAUCGUGUGGAGGGGCUUCAAGGCGUCUAUAUCGCUACUCUGAUCAAUGGCUCCAUGAGUGAGGAGAACAUGAGAUCAGUCAUCACCUUUGACAAAGGAGGAACCUGGGAAUUUCUGCAGGCUCCAGCCUUCACAGGAUAUGGAGAGAAAAUCACUUGUGAGCUUUCCCAGGGCUGUUCGCUGCACCUGGCCCAGCGCCUCAGUCAGCUGCUCAACCUCCAGCUCCGGAGGAUGCCCAUUUUGUCCAAGGAGUCAGCCCCUGGCCUCAUCGUUGCCACUGGUUCAGUGGGAAAGAACUUGGCCAGCAAGACCAAUGUGUACAUCUCUAGCAGUGCUGGAGCUCGGUGGCGAGAGGUCAGCCCCCUCUCUGUCCAGGUUCUUGUCUGUGUGAGAAUGUGGACUGUGCCUGGACAUUUUAGGGACACGCAUAAUCUCUUGAUAGAGUCAUAUAAGGCCCCAUAUGACUAUAAAGUAAAGAGAGGGACCCAAGCCCACCCAUGAGAGCCAACUGUACUGAUGUGUGUUCACACCUUAUAAUGGUUUUUCCAAAAUAUUACUUUAAAUAAAAAGCAGACUUUUUUUUUUUUAAAAAACAGCUCUCUGAUUUUGACUGAACUUUCCUUGAGUAUGCAUUCCAGAAGGGCAACAGCAGUUGUCUGUUUUGUUUGCUUCUUUAUCUUUGAGACCUAACAGUGACUGUAGUAAGCAUUUGCUGAAUGUCUGAGUGAAUUACAAUAUAGUUGUGAUGGCAUUGGGUCUGAAACUGAUCACUUUCCCUAGUUUUUUAUUUUUUUGGCUGUAGUGGGGGUUGAACCCAGAGACUCAUGCUAGCUAGUCAGGUGCUCUACCACCUGAGCCACACCCUCAUCCCUUUUUUCUUUAGUUGUUUUUCAGGUAGGAAUUUAUGCUCAAGCCAGCCUGAACCUCCAUCCUUCUAUUUGUGCUUCCCUGAUAAUUGAGAUGACAGGUGUGCACCACAGUGCCAAGCCAUUGGUUGAGAUGGGGUCUUCUGAAACUUUAUCCACCCAAUCUCCAUCUUCUGAGUAGCUAGCAUUACAGGCUCUAUUCAUCAUGCCAGGCCUCUUUGCCUAUUUUUUCUGUGUAGUAUUGAAACUAUGGUAAUGCUCUAUGGGCACUUUGCUCUCCUUUUGUACUAUGUCAGGAGACUGUUGCUGCCAUAAGGUUAUAUAACCCAUUUGAAUCCUUCAGCUGACUGCCAGUUCUGAAGGUGCAGCUAAUUCUGCAGCCCUGAGAUGCUCAUUUGUCCUCACCCUAGAGAAUUCCCUAACUUGGAAAAAAGUGUUUCUCACCAGCCUCCUGUGACUUACAGAGCCAAAGGAAGUGCAUCUGGCCUCAUUCUAUAUGGGCUGUUGUCAGUGGUGAUCCUGAGGAUGCUGGGGACCAUCAGAGUAGAACUCAGCACAUUACUGAACAGGAGUUUAUUAAGUACUGAGUCAGGACCAAUGUGGUUCUCAGAAGAGCCAGCAGACAUAGCUCCCAUUGUAGUGUUUCAGAUUGGGAAUGCAGUGACUUAAAUGAUUUUUAAAUAAUAAAAUAUAAAAAUGUAAAAAAAUCAUAUGCACAGUGAUUUAAAUCCGUGGUAUGUAAAGCAGUAAU